AUGAUAAACUGUGAGGAAGAUGAGACCUUACAGCACCUCCUCAUGGACUGCCACAGAGCCGAGGAGGUGUGGUCGCUCCUACGGGGCAUCGGUUUGGAGUUCGACGUAGAAUAUGCCUCAAUCAUGUAUUGUAUUCUGGAUGAGGUAAAAGGAGGAAAGGGACUCGGCAAAGGAGGCGCUAAGCGUCACCGCAAAGUGCUCCGUGAUAACAUCCAGGGCAUCACCAAGCCCGCCAUCCGCCGUCUGGCUCGCCGCGGCGGAGUGAAGCGUAUCUCCGGUCUGAUCUACGAGGAGACCCGCGGUGUGCUGAAGGUGUUUCUUGAGAACGUGAUCCGUGAUGCCGUCACCUACACCGAGCACGCCAAGAGGAAGACCGUGACCGCCAUGGAUGUGGUGUACGCUCUGAAGAGGCAGGGCCGCACCCUGUACGGCUUCGGGGGAUAAACUCAUCUGACUGAAACACACAAAGGCUCUUUGAAGAGUCCGGGAUCAAGAACA